AUGGCAAUCCUAUUCCGAUCCAAGUCGUGUUCUGUCGGAGAUCGAAAUCCAGUGCCGGCGGCGGCGGGGGCCUCCUCCCCUUACAGCCCCUCCGCCGACGAGGAGGAAGGGGACGAGGAUGAGGGGUACUUUGGGGAUUUCAACAGUGAGGAGGAUGACGACGAAGACGAUUCCGAUAAUCCGGCGACGACGCCGUUUAUCAGCCCGGCGGUGAACUGCCGGAGCUGUGAAUCGGAGAAUAAUAAUAACAAUAGGAAUAAUAGUCAAUCGCAGUUCUCGGUGCUGGCGGUUGUAGCGGCGGCGCUGCGGAGGUCGUUGGUGACGUGCAGCGUGGAGGCAGACGACGUCAUGUCGGACGUGGACAUCGGAUGGCCCACAGACGUGCGCCACGUGUCCCACGUCACGUUCGACCGGUUUGAUGGGUUCCUGGGCCUGCCGGUCGAGCUCCAGCCCGAAGUCCCUCGAAAACCCCCCAGCGCCAGUGCAAGCGUGUUUGGAGUAUCUGCACAGUCAAUGCAGUGUUCUUAUGACCUCAGAGGAAACAGUGUCCCUACCAUUCUUCUCACAAUGCAAACCCGUUUGUACUCAGCCGGUGGCCUCCAAGCAGAAGGAAUUUUCCGAAUAAAUGCCGACAACGGGCAGGAAGAAAGUGUCCGUAAGCAGCUGAACAAAGGGGUUGUCCCACAUGGGAUUGAUGUCCAUUGUUUAUCUGGGCUGAUAAAGGCAUGGUUUAGAGAACUUCCAUCGGGUGUUCUUGACUCGUUGACCCCAGAACAGGUGAUGCACUGCAACACAGAGGAAGAGUGCACGUUGCUCGUGAAACUUCUUCCACCUACCGAAGCCGCGUUGCUCGACUGGGCUAUUAACCUAAUGGCUGAUGUGGUGCAGCACGAACAUCACAACAAGAUGAAUGCUCGCAACAUAGCCAUGGUGUUUGCCCCCAACAUGACUCAGAUGGCCGACCCUUUAACAGCAUUGAUCCACGCCGUCCAAGUCAUGAACUUCCUCAAGACGCUCAUAGGAAAAACCAUCAGGCAAAGGCAAGAAAUGUCUCCCACCAAUGCAUACACAGAAUGUAAUGAUUCUUUCAAAACAGCACGAGACUGCUCACCCCUGUCAAGCAUGUCCGAUAUAGCCGUAAACGAGCAAUUAGUUGUUGAAGGCGGGUCGUGUAAGGAAGCACUUGCCCCUAAUGACCUUCUUAUAAGAAGCUGCACCCUGGAGAGGCUUGAAUCUGACAACAUAGACCACUCACUGAGCAUGAGAAGCAAAAGCGAUGGGGGGGAGAAAUUCGAGCAAGGCUUGCGCAAGAGGCGGACGUUGGAGCACAGCUUCAAGGACGAGUAUGAGAAAAUGGAGGCCGAGGGGAUAUUGAACCGUAUAAGUCUCCGGAAGGGCAUGCAGAGGCUGAGGAGGCACCCCGUGUUCCAGUUUAAUAAGGCGGUCAAGAGGUCCAAAGACCGCGCUCUUUUUAGGGACGAAUGA